UCCGGAGCAGCCGUUGCUGUCGCUGGGUCGCUGCUGUCCCGGACCCAGAGGGACAUGGCCUAGAGAGGCCUGCAGUCCUAGCACAGGUUCGGGGAGCCCAACCAGUCUCUUCCCCUUGAGUAAAAACCAGUGCUUACCAAUUAAAAUGGAGGAGAUCUCGUUGGCCAACUUGGAUACUGACAAGCUGGAGGCCAUCGCCCAGGAGAUCUACAUAGACCUGAUAGAGGAUUCCUGCCUGGGAUUCUGCCUUGAGGUGCACCGGGCGGUCAAGUGUGGCUACUUCUAUCUGGAGUUCGCAGACACCGGUAGCGGUAGCGUGAAGGAUUUGGGCAGUCAGCCAGUGGAAGACAAAGGAGCAUGCGGCCUCCGGCUUUGCUCCCCUCCUGGAGAACCUGGGAACGGGCCCCAGCCGGAGCUGCAGCGGUCACCUCCAGAAUUCCAGUAGUCACAACAUGAGAGAGGGCGACAGUGACCAGGACGAUAAUGUAGACUGCUCCCGUGGCUUGGAGGUGUAAGUGAA